AACACUGCUCCGAGUUCCGUUCGCCAACGGCGGAGACGCAUACGGGGCUGUAAUCGUGUAUAGAGACGAAGGGGUGAAACGAGGAAGAGGAUAGGAAAGGGGAGCUACGCGCUCGUGACAAACGCAGUAUCGUCUCGUGUGGUGCUUGUGAACGAUCACCGUUCAUCGUUAUGAUUAUCAUAGUUAACGCCAGAAGGCUAGAAUAAAAGUUUAAAGGAGACAACACGUGGGCCAUGCCAGGAGCAGAAACAGAGUGGUGACCUAAAACUCAUCCUCGGCACUGACCCUCGAUGCUUACGCUACGGCUGGUGUCGACUCAUUUCUUGAAGCAGCCAUAGGCAGUGCCCUUCGCCUUAGAGAAAGGGCUCGAUGCGAUGUGCCGUGAUAGGGACAUGAACCCAAAACUAGUCGAAUUAAAUGAUCUCUUUUUAAUGUCAUAUUGGUUGCCAACGUCGGUUUAAAAAGUUGCUCGAGAGAGUUCUGUGCGCGCGCGGUAAACACACGAAGGACCUAUAUACAUAUAUGUACUUCGCCCCCAGUCUCUUGUCUACAUCGAGAAUUUCGCGUUUAUACCCGUCCCUUUCUGAUUUUCGUCAUUCGUUUACACCCCACGCGUCGUUCCUUGCCCUCUUUGUUCGUUCGGUGACUCGAGGAAUCAAAGUGAUCGUAGAUUAAUAACGUGAUAACGAGCCCAACGAAAUCAUUGCCCCGUGCAAGAUUACCGCACGAGAGAGUGACUUAACGAAACAAACACAGUGAUAUAAAUGAAGAAAAAGAUCGAUGUUCAUUAAAGUUAGCAUCGUUGGAUAAGAUAUCCUGCUCUACUUAUCUUCGUGUGCUCGAGGAAGACACACGAGAGCACCUUUUCAUCUAACACACCCCUGGCAAAUAGAUUAGAAGGAAGAACAAACAAAAGCAAGAGGAGGUCAUUCGAAGUAGCAUUCAGGCUGAACACUAUUUACCUAAACCUGUGGAAGGUUGCGAGAGAGUGCAUUUUGAAUAAAAAAAUAGAAAAAUGGGGGUUUGUCAAUUUGAUCAGUGCGGCGGCGGUGGCACGCGGUGUAGACAAAGUGGGAUGAGACGUCCUCAGCAAGAACACCAUCACCAUCUCCACAAUAAUCAUCACGAUCAUUAUCAACACAACCACUAUCAUCAUCAUCAUGGAUCCUCGACAAGUCCUACGCGUUGCCGACAAGGCCACGAAAAGGACGAGUCACGUUUAGCAAAAGUGAAACGCGUUCUGGCAGUAUCGUUGCUGGGCCGUAACGCAGGAUCAUCGAGGGUUUUUGGCGCUCGAUUAGAUUCGAUCGAGCCAUACCUCGACACCGGUGUGCCCUUCGUGGUGCACCGGUUAUGCAGUUACAUCGAGAAUUAUGGAUUUCAAAGCGCAGCCGUGUUUCGUCUCUCGGGUGGAAGCCCGAGACUGGCGGAAAGGUUGAGGGCUACCUUCGAGAGAAGAGGAGAUGCCGAUUUGGAAGCUGCUGCUUGUCCUCCAACUGCGGCGACGCUUCUACGGCAAUACCUGAAAGAAUUGCCCCAACCCGUCGUACCAUCAUCGCUUGUGGCUAGAUUAUUAUCCGUUCAUGCUCAACAUUACGCUAACGAUCAUGACCAUUGGAUCAGUUUAACGAAAGAACUUCUGUCGACUCUACCAACUUCUCAUUACCGUUUGCUUGGUUACUUGAUUCUGUACUUAAGCAAAUAUGAAGCUAAACACGGACGUAGCGCCGGCGUUUGCGGUGUGUUUGCCCCUGUGAUUCUACCUCAUGUUCCACCCGCCACUACUCUUCUUCGCGACAUCUUGGCCGAGGCAUCUGCACUCUUUCCGAAUUGUACUCGUGACAACGUGGUGAACGGCGUGAUCCCCGCGAGUGAUUGUAAGAUUUGCAACGACUCACAAAACGAGCCGAAAGAUUCCGAGGGCGCGUCUCUACUUUGCGCGCUGAAACCGCGUAAGCGUAAGGAACGUCACGAGUCCUGCUGUCAAGAACGGAAAUUGAUCAGAAGUAGCAGCGAGGAGCGGGUACUCGAAAGUCCCACUGAAACCGCAGACACGAUUAGACGCGUGAGCAGCCACGAGGAUUUCAACAGCGAGGAACAUUUACAUAUUUUAUCUCAACUUGGACAAGACAUGGGUCACGGAGUGAAGUGCGGGAAUCUUCCCUUGCACGAACGGACGAAUGUUUCGCCCGUAUCUAAGAAAACUCCGCCGAUUUCAUCGCCCUGCGAGACAGCUCUAGAAACGGAAAAAUUCGAAUGCGAUGCCGAGAAGUUGAGAAGUAGCGAACGGUUUAGUCGAAGCAUCACGCCGAGAGGAAGAAGGCAGGCACGAAGGAGGAGAGUGCAUAAAAUUGCAGACGCCGAAAAUUCGAGCAAGGAAAAUGAAGAAGAAAUUGAUAACAUUUAUGCGUCAUCGAGCCCUGGUAGUUGUAACAGUUCUCCGGCACAAAGUUUCUUGGAAAUGUUGAGCAGCGGUCCGAGUCGAUCGCCAUCACCUGCUCGACCGCCAACAAUUGGUCAGGAAGAUGUAUAUAACCCCGGCUUAACCAAUUGGGCUUUUCAACGGCAGGAGAGUGAUGAGGCUGCUGAUGCGCGAGUGGAAGCCAUGCUUUCUCCACGAAACUCUUUAUUGUUACCCAGACGCUUUUAUUCCGAGAAUGAAAUGCCAUCCAGCGGGCCAAAUGUUGCGGAGCGCGGUUUGAAAAAUUUGACGAAGCACAUAAACGGCUUGAAGAAAAAGAUAAAGAAAUACGAAGACGAAUUCGAGGAGAACUUUGGUUAUCGACCUAGUCAUUCCGAUAAAAUGAGUAACAGGGAUAUAAAAAGAUUGUGUACAGAGCUGAACAAAUUGCGGAAGGAGCACAAGAUGUUAAAAGAAGACCCGGUUAGCGCGUUAAUAGCUAACGCAAACAACAAAACAAGGACAACUAAUGGUAGCCCGACGAAUAAUAAUAAUAGUCAAGAGAAGUCCAGGGCAAUAUCGAUGGAAGAAAUGGUAAAGGAAGUAGAGAAGAAACUUAGUGAGAAGAGGAUAAAAUAUAACAGAUCCGAAAAUAUGGAGGAAUUAUCUUACGAACAGCUGAUAGACGAAAAGACUGCUGUUCAAAAAGCUUUGCUCCAUAUCGAAAACACUUUCGGAAGACCAGUUUCUAAGGAAGACAGAACUGUUGUGCGACCUUUGUAUGAUAAAUAUAGGACUUUGAAGAGAUUACUUAUUAGAGCAGGAGUGACCAAAAAUAAGGAUAGUAUUUCAGAAUUAGCUACUAUUUUGGAGCACGAAGCAAUGGAUUUUACAUCAUCCAAUUUACCUAAUAACACAUCCGACACAGAAAGAAGAGCGAGCGAGCCUGACAUGUCACAUAGAGGUAUUUUGGAUUGUAUAGACACAACAGACCAAUUACCAACCGACAGUGAUAGCCAACACAGUAGUAGCGAGGGGAGCCGUAGUAACAACGAAAUUCUUCACGCGCUUCCACAGGAAGAACUGUUGAUCCAACAAAAAGUGACUAGAGAAGAGAAAAAGCGAUUGCGACGAGCGUUGAAAGAAUUAGAAGCACAAUUCGAAGCUCGGGCCGGGCGCAGAAUGAUAAGGGAAGAUCGUGGUCCGCAGGUUACAACAGUUUAUGAAUCAUAUAAACAGGCUAAAGCAAAACUUCGAUUGAUCGAUGCCCUGCUGGCUAAAAAUGCUUGACGCAGUAUCUAAUCGGCUGUCUUAACGUCUACAUGCAUUUGACAACCAGAAAGUCUCGAGAAUAUUGUGUAAAACAUGCGCAGUGAUUAUUAAACAGUCGAUAACUCAUACAACAUUGAUACAGUUAUAAAUAAUGGCUACUAUGCAAUAGGGAUGUCCGAAAGAAAAUAUUUAAAGGAAGUGACAUUUAUUAAAAGAUAGUACGUACGAUAAAUUAAAGUUUAUCCAAGAAUCAAAAUACUUUGAGAGAAGAACGAAGAAGCCAUCUAGUUACAGUGAUGAGGUAUUUUGAAAAACAAUUUCGUUCAUUAUUAUUUAAUAUUUCGUUUUGAUAAAUUCUCUUAAAAGACAUAUUAUAAAAUUAUAUUAAAACGAUAAUAAACGAUACAAUUAGUACCAGGAUAGUAAUUUGAACUGUAAACAUUAAUAGGUAGAAAGUAAUAUUGGUCAUCUUGUUAUAAACAAUCUGCCAUUUUGCACUUGUAUUACUUUUCUUGGAACACUCGAGAUAUCAAAUUCGAUGACACAAGGAAACGUGUUUUGCAUGAUUAUUGUAAAGUCUGACUAUUUACACGAGUAAGAACAUCAAGUAACAGAGUAUUAAAGAAACAAAAAUUAUCACUGACUUGCUCCAGUGAAAGUUUUGUACAUAUUUUUUUACCAGUGUUACAAAAUUCUUAAACUUAUUCCUAUUUUAUUAUAUUAUUUCCAUAAAUACGCAUAUAUAUACAUAUUGAUAUAUACUGUGUUGUAAUAAAAGAGCAAUGUUUCAUAUUUUUCUACGUUUACACAUUUCUUUGUGUUGAUUAAAUAUCGAAUAAAAAACAGAGACAUGUAUCUUACUCUAAAUUAAGGCAAACGAGCAGUUAAAAAACCGUAAUCCAAAACAUCUAAGGAAGGACUAUGAUGAAUAAUGAAAUCAAUUCCACAAUAGAAAUGAAUGUAUAACAAGUAUAUAUCUAUAACUACAUUAUAUUAAUUUCCUUUGUUUAAGAGACAUUGUGUACUCACAUAUUUGAAUUCCAGCAAUUAACUACAUCAUUUAUAUUUUUCCAUUUUGAUUACUGUUGUUAAUCUCUUUUUAUAUAAUGUAACGUAAAAUAUUUUUUUUCAUUAAACCGACACGUCGAACGAAACUACAGGAGGCAAAUAGUUAGUAUAUAAUUUAAAGUAAAAGCAAUAGAUUUAUUUAUUUUAUCGUUAAAACAAUGAUCAAUAGAUUUACAGACAGGACACACCUGAGAGUAAAGAACGAAUCUGUGGGGUUAUUCAUAAUAUAAGUACCUUUUAAGAGAUAUCACAUGUUAUAAUUGUAGAGUACUAUAAAAUGUUACAGUCUUAUAGCUGUAUUAAACAUAUUCAUUGAAUGCUCGUUAAUUCUUUUUGUUUUAUAUUUGUGCGAGUAACGUUUUAAGGCGAUCAUAACGUAAUGCAGGUACAUAUGUAUAAUUUAUAUACUCAGUAGAUUUAAAGUUGAACUUGACGCGUUUUAAUCGAAGGUGCUAUAGCUUAUGUUUAAAGUGUAUCAAAUUAAACAGAAAAGAGUGCUUUGCGAGUUUGACGAGCAUGGAAAUACGCUAAAGAGGAUCGCGUUUCUCAUUUUGGUAAUAGUACGUAUGUCAACAAUUAAAAUAAUGAUGUAGGAAAUAUCUUAUAAAUUAUCUUAGAUAUGAUUUAACAGUCUUGAUUAAUAUUACAUAGAUCGAUGUUCGAAUUUUCAGACCGAUUAUAAAAGAAAAAUGCUGAGAAUUAUAUGCGUAAUUUCAAUUGGUUCCUUGCAACAUGUUUUAGUUGAAUUUUUAUUUCCCUUUUUGAUUAAAAAGAAGUUGUAGCGAUCCCAGCUUUUAUCAUUAAUUUAUUUUUGCACUUCUACCGAGAAACUAGUUUCCUUUGAACGUUUUGAUCUUGACGUCUGUUAAAAAUUUAAACGCUGGCCGACGCGCGGAAUAAACGAAAAAGAAAGAUAAGAUACGAUUCUUUAGACUUAGACCAAAGCAUCAUUUAGUCUGUGAUAUAAUAUGAGAGGUAUAUUGCUUGUGUUAACAUGGGAGAGCGUGUGUGAAAAUAUUUUUGAUUUUUUCUUUUUGUGGGAACGAUUUCUUGAAGUGAAGGAAUGUUUUUUGGCUGUAUCCUUCGUAGAAGGUAAUCGAGAUCGAUAGAUCUGUUUAAAAGAUCGUAAAAACAAAAGUAGUAAAUUAAGUAAUGUUCACAUUUUUUUGUAAAAAGAACCAACACACAGAAAACAACAAAAAUUGAAGUAAAAUAUCGAAGAAUGAGAAGGACUCCGGUAAUUUAAUUGAAUGCUAGUUUCAUCGUAUUUUUUAAUUGUUUAAAAGGUAGUAGUUUAUCUAUGUGAUUUUCUCCUACGUUUUCUAAAUCAUUAUUCAUACAGUUGUAUUCCUAACAGAACUCAUUUUUAUAUCAAAUAUCACAGAAACAUCUCAAGUCGAUAAAUCUUAAAUGUAGAGGCAUUCGUCACAAUAGAAGAAAAAGAGUACUGCCUUAAAAAUGAUAUAACAUUUUCUAUUAAUGUCGAUUAAAAAUAAAUUGUUAUAAAUCCUAUGAAGGAGAUGUAUUAAUUGCUUAAGAAAUAAAUAUUUUCGUCGUUUUAA